AGUUAAUAUAUGCUUUACAAAAAAUAAACACAUUAAUAAUUCGUUUACUUAUUAAUGUUUUAGGCGAAAUUCUAUUCGAGCUAGUGACAGCAAGUCUUAUCCAAGUCUGACCCAUAGAGGUCAUAGAAGAAAUGUGUCUGUUCGCCAUAUUUUGCUACGAAAAUUAAGUUUGACGUAAGAGCCUACAAAAUUUUCGAGUGCACUCGCAAAACACAAAUCCAGCUACAUGUAACAUGUUCUCACUGAAUUCCAUAAACACCCAAAAUCAGAUUUUAGUUAGUUUUAGCCAACUAUCGGCCCGCUACUCCAGUGUUUUCAGGCAUAGAAAGCACAGUUAUGGUAAAAACAAGAAUGUUAAACGGAAAGAGAGCGCGGCGUUGACGUAUGAUGCAACAAUUUGCAAGGAAAGCUUUCAAGAGGCGAUCAAGAAUUUGGACAAAGAUGCCUUAGUGGAAUUGAAGAAGGUUGACAUCCGCUCGCUUGCAUCAUCCCCGCGAUUUUCAAGGGACGCAGAGCGGUGUCUGUCCCCUAGAAAGAUCUCUUAUGUAUCUGCAGACUCCUUUGAGAAAAAUAAAAAUGGAUGGUCGGCCCAACCUCCACAGAGAGGUUUUCUCAGCUUCACUGAUCAGUUUGUGGGGUUAUUAUCAAGUAGUAUCCAGCAGAGGGGCUUCGAUAUCCAAGUGCGAGGCUUCAAGACGGAGAGAGGGAUCCAUGCGGACUUGAAACGGAACCCAAACCUGAUUAAUAGACUGCGUAAGUUCUUCGGGUUUGCAGCAGAGCCCCCAAGCAGUAAGGACAAGCAAGCUUUAGGACCGGAUGUGGCGCCGCGCCUUGAGAAGCUGCUCGGAGACGACUCGCCACUCACUAGCCAGCAGAAAGAUAAGAUCAAGAUUGCUUUCGCCGAAGGGUAUUUAGCUGGUUCGCACCCAGACAACGCGCGCGGCACCAAGGCCUCCAAGUACCUGAAGGUGGUGCAGCAGCUGCUGACCAUAGUGCUGUUCCUGGCCAUCUUCGUCAGCCUCAUGGCAUCCGUCAGCGGCACUGUUUUCCGGAUUCAGUUGGGCAACCAGGUGGAGGUGGACCCCGAAGACAUCUCCGUGACCUUCGACGACGUCAAGGGAGCUGAUGAGGCCAAGCAGGAGCUGAAGGAUGUGGUGGAGUUCCUGAAGUCCCCGGAGAAGUUCUCGUCGCUGGGCGGCAAGCUGCCGAAGGGCGUGCUGCUGGUGGGCCCGCCCGGCACCGGCAAGACGCUGCUGGCGCGCGCCGUGGCCGGCGAGGCGCGCGUGCCCUUCUUCCAUGCUGCCGGACCGGAGUUCGACGAGAUCCUCGUCGGCCAGGGCGCCCGGAGAGUCCGGGACUUGUUCAAAGCGGCAAAGGAGCGUGCACCAUGUGUGAUAUUCAUCGACGAGAUCGACUCCGUGGGGGCCAAGAGGACCAACAGCGUCCUGCAUCCCUACGCCAACCAGACCAUCAACCAGCUUCUGUCAGAGAUGGACGGCUUCCAUCAGAACGAGGGAGUCAUAGUCCUGGGCGCCACCAACCGCCGCGAUGACCUGGACCAGGCUCUACUGAGGCCUGGACGUUUUGACGUGGAGGUGAACGUGCCAACACCAGACUACGGCGGUCGCCGCGAGAUCCUGGAGCUGUACCUGGGCCGCGUGACGGCCAACCCCGACGUGGACAGCGACGUGCUCGCCCGGGGCACCACCGGCUUCACCGGCGCCGACCUCGAGAACAUGGUCAACCAGGCCGCUCUCAAAGCAGCGAUAGAUGGCGCAAAGACAGUCACGAUGAAGUAUCUAGAAGACGCCCGCGACAAGGUCCUGAUGGGUCCGGAGAGACGUUCCCGGCUACCUGAUGAAGAGGCCAACACGAUCACUGCGUACCACGAGGGCGGACACGCGCUGGUAGCUUAUUACACCAAGGACGCGCACCCGCUCCACAAGGUGACCAUCAUCCCGCGCGGGCCGUCGCUCGGCCACACGGCCUACAUCCCGGCCAAGGAGCGCUACCACGUCACCAAGCAGCAGCUGCUGGCCAUGAUGGACACCAUGAUGGGAGGCCGAGCUGCUGAGGAGUUGGUCUUCGGCCCGGACAAGAUUACUUCAGGAGCAUCAUCAGACCUCAAGCAAGCCACGUCCAUCGCCCAGCACAUGGUCCGCGAGUGGGGCAUGAGCGAGCGAGUGGGACUCCGCAGUAUGGAGACCUCGAGGGGGCAGCCGUCGCAGCCCACACUGGGACCUCAGACCAAUGAACUAGUUGACACGGAGAUCAAAAAGCUGUUGUCGGAGAGCUACGAGCGCGCGAAGACCAUUCUGCGGACGCACGCCAAGGAGCACAAGGCGCUCGCCGAGGCGCUGCUCAAAUACGAGACGCUAGACGCGGAAGACAUCAAAGCCAUAAUGAACGGCGACAAGCCGGCCAGUGAGAAGUCCCGCUCGUCGCGCGAGCCGGCGCCCAGCGCGCAGCCCGCGCCGCCGCUGCUGCCGCCGCAGCCGCAGCCCGCGUAGCCACCGCCGGACCGCAGCGCAGCUGGAGGGACGUUUGAAGUGUCUUUGAAAAUUUUGCAGGCGCCAUAGAAAGCUUCCAAAUCAAUAAAAAUAAGCAAAACUCACGAAACUGACACCACGUCAGUGAAACAGGGGAAUACAGAUUAUUUCUUAAGGACUGAUAUUACAUAUUCAUAUUAUUUUAUCUUUGUUUUUAUUUAGACAAAACUUAUUUUUUUCUGCUAUGGUUGACUGAUAUACAAUGUCUUAAUCAUUAAGACCGCAUAUAGAUAAGAGGUUUUUUCUUUUGAACAAUAAAUAUGAAUUUAAUAAAAUGUUAUUUAUAGUUUUGUUGCAGUUAUAAUUAAGAAUGUUCUGGAAAGUAAUAAAUAUUAAUAGUCGUCGCUGUGAUCACAAUUCGAUCACAUACGUUUUAAAACAUGUAAAAAAUAUAUACGAUAUAAAAUUGUCGCCUUUAAGAUUUCGAGGAUUACAUAUUAUACAACUUUGCAUAUUUUUCACCAGUAUUGUAGAAAUAAUUCAUUCAUUAUAAUUAAAUGACUUCAGUCCAUUGGGCAAAUUUCGCCAAUGUAUUAGGAGCUUUAAAUACGACUAAAAUUGUACGGUUAGUACAAGACAGUGUACGGUGAUUUUACAUCCGUUGACUCCAAAUUGGGGAUUAACGCGUUUCAAGAUUAAUUCUCCAUUCACUGCACACUACCAUAUAGUUUACUGUAUAAUAAGCUAUCGAUAAUACAAUUUAAACAAUAUUAAUGAGCAAAAAUCAAAGCAAUUAAACACGAGGCACGACUAUCAAGAUGGCGCUUGUGCCGGAAGUCAGUAUUUUAGAAAGAAAUUGUAUAAACUAUUACUGUCAUAGUUUCAUCAUAUUUCUAUAACUCAUUAUAUGAAUCAUGCAUAUUGCUUUUCAUUUUGACAUUGAUAUGUCCUUAUUAACUAACACAAACGGGACUUAAUCGCGUAUUGAGUUUUACAUUGACCUCCGACGUUUCGAGGACGGCGUUGUCCCCGUGGUCUCGGAGAAGACAACGCCGUCCUCGAAACGUCGGAGGUAAAUUUAAAACUUAAUACGCGAUUAAGUCCCGUUUGUGUUAGUUAAUAAUGUGUAAAAUUCAGUGUAUUGAUAUGUCCUAAUGCAAUAUUAAUAUGAUAAUGUAAUAUCAGCCUAAAUCUAGUAGACAUUAUGAGAAAAAUAAGUACGAAAUCGUUUUUAUAGUUGACAUUAUUUGAGAUUAUCAAAUUGUAGCAAAAAGUCUGUAAAUUCGACCUUACGGUCUGUACAAUAGAUAUCAGACCAUAACAACUUUUUGUAAUUUACGCUCGUCUCAAAAAUCUAAUAUAAAUCAAAUCAAUUUACAGGGUUUUAAUUUGACUAAUCUGCGAAUCAGACAUAAAGCGCUGCUAGGUAUAAAUUAACACGAACAUUGAGUCUCGAAAACAUCAUAAUUAUUCAGUUACAAAUAUAACAUUCCUUAGGCAAAAAGUAACAUGUAUUUUAGACCAUUGACCGAGUGAAACCUUUUGCCUGAGAGCCCCAAAAAGUAAUUUAAAGUCAGAAAGAUUACUGUAAAUCUAUAAACAAAGAUACAUAGACAAUUUAAGACAAUUACAUGCUUCGAAUUUGACAGGUAAACGAGUUGGCGCUGUACAACUCCAUACAUUUUGCGGGAACUGAAUGUUGACGUUUGACAAUAGGGACCGUGCGCCUUGGAGGAUCUGCCAUCUUGUGGCCUGAAUCGGAACCAUAAACAUGUACAUUUACACGUCACGUGUUUUCUUGUGCAUAGUAAGUGCUGCCAUCUUGUGGGCCACAUCGGAACAAUAAACAUCACAUUUACGCCUCGCGCCAAAAAUCUGACGGCUCCUGUGCUGCCUCCUACAGUUCAUGCACGCUCCCCAUUCAGUGACGGCAAAACAUGGCGCAGUAAAGCGCCAUCUGUGUUGGAUGUCAAACUAAGGGACACGUUUUUUUCUUAGACGUUACCUCAAUUCACAAUCAAUUCUCUUUUGUUAUAAAUAAACAAACAGUACAGAAGUCACUGGCUUCUAAAAUUAGUCGUAGAACACUGCCAGUUUAACUAGUAACAAGAAACUAAAUAUAAAGAUUUAAAAGAAAUCUAUUUAAACUAUAACUUCUAAACUCAUCUAAAAUACUGGCCUUAAAUGUACAAUGUUGAUUUUAAGACUUAUUUAAUUUCAUUUAAAAUAACACUUAAAGCCUGACCAGUAAUAUAUGAUCACGCGCCAUAUUUUUUGAAACUAAAUUUUUCAUACUAAACUCGACUGUCACCCUAUACAUGAGAACAACAGCGCCCUCUUGACAAUGAUCAUAUAUUUCUGGUCGGGCUUUACAUAGGAAGGUGGCUAGAAAUAAACCUAUUUGUGGUGAAAUAAAAACAAUAUAUGUAUUGAUGUUAUUUGAUUUUGGUGAACUUAUUUUUAGUGCGAUUAUUUUAGACUGCUUGAUCUACUUACAUGAAGUUAUUUUCUUUUUUUUUAAUAUUGUUGAAACAUACACUAUACUUAGGCAGAAUUGUUAUUUUUUGCGUUAUAAUAUAUAAAUAAAUAAAAAUAUUCAAUAUCUAUAAUUCCCUAAUAGUUUGAACACGUGCUUUAAAAAAAUACCUUGAGGUUUAAAAAUGAAUUUAUAAGUUGUCUAGAACCAAUUUUAGUCUACUCUUUUUUUUUCGAGGUAUUUAAGAGUAUGAAAAACGAAAACCUUAAAUUUCUCAACCAAUCCCGUGGUUUUCUUUGUUUACUUUAGAUACGUAACAAAAUGUAUUCUCUUAAAAAAACUUCAUCAUCUUAGGACCCAUCUAUCUCUUCCAGAGUAAUAUCUUCUUAGACUGUAUAUAAUACAUUAUUUUAAUAAGGUUAUAGGAUGCAAUAUUAUAUGCCAAAAUAUAAUUUACACCAAAUGGACUAGAAAAAAAAACUUAGUAAAACUACUUUUAUGAGUAGUUAAGUUGUAGUCAAUCAUCAUAAAAUUCAUAGUCAAAUAAUUAAACCGACAGUUAUCAUUAUCACAUACAUCCUAGCCUAGUAUCCAUGCAAUAAAAAAAACAAGAGAUUGACACUAUUGACAGGUAAAUCUUAAACUGGCACCUAUGGAGUGUGGAUUAAAAGGAGUGAAAUCUCUUAUGGCAGAACUGUUGCAAGUGUCCACCUGUCAGCUAUAAAUAAUAGUUCCAAAUCUCUCCAGAGUAGCUAAGAACCUAGGCGUUAUUGACGGAGUGAAUUGCGCUGUCUAUUAUUUGAAUUUUUUGUUCCAGUACUCUAGUAUUGUAGCGCCACCUAUUUAAGGUUUUUUGAUGACACUUAUUGGUACAUGGAGAUUUCGUUCCUUACCUCCACCUUCCGUAGCUGUCGCCGUCUGUAAUAUACUUCGACCAGCCAACCCUCAUGGGAAAAAAACUGUAAUUGUAUAAUCUCUGAUAUGAGAGCUCGGAGCAUAGCGUAGUUGGCAUUUGGAGUAAAUAAUAUUUGGCAGCUUGACUGGUGAACGACUGAAAUGUUGAAAUAUGUCAUAGUUGUCGGUUAGUUCCUAUAGUCCCGCGGACUGUUCACUGGUCAUCAAAUAAACCGUUGACGAGU